AUGUCCUUAUAGCGAAUGUAUGGUAUCCAUUUGUAUGAGCGGCGCUUUAGGAGUUAAUAAAAUAGGAACUGACGCAUGCGUAGAAGGUUAAAGAAAUAAAUAUUUUUGACCAGGGCCAGGCCACGUGGAUUGCAGGGUUAACUCAAUUUUGAGCAGCGGCAGAAAGGAACAGAGAAGGAUCGCGGAAGCAGAAAGGUCUGAAGGAAGAUGGUGAUCCUGCACUUUUACCGGAGAGAGGAUGAGAAGGGGAGUGGCCUGCAGCGAGCGGGACAGAGCUGCCCCAAAAUUACCAUCCAGACGGAGACCUGCUUCAAUGUGGAGUGGAGCGGUACCUCUGCCCCGAGCUCAGAGGAGAGAGAGGCCCUGCUCUGGCUCUUCAGCUCCCCCUUCGAACCUGAGCUGGUUGGAGAGAAGCCCUUCCUGAACCCUGCAGAGGGAGAGAGGCUAGUGGAGAUCGGUCCCAGGCUGAAUUUCUCCACAGCCUGGUCAACAAACGCUGUGUCCAUCUGUCAGAGUGUGGGGCUGAGAGCUGUGAGCCGGAUAGAGCGCUCCCGCAGACACCUCAUCCAGUCUAGGGAUGGCCAGAAGGAGAAGCUGCUGGACGGAGAGGUGGACAGACUGACCAGCUCCCUCUUCGACAAAAUGACCGAAUGCAUUUUCUCCCAACCAAUCGAAUCGUUCGCUGUGGAGACCCUCCCACAGAAGGUCUUCCAGGUGGACAUCCUUGGGGAGGGGCGGGCCGCGCUGGAGAAAGCUAAUCGGGACCUGGGGCUGGCGUUUGACUCCUGGGAUCUGGAUUAUUACACAGCGCUGUUCCAGAGAGUGCAGCGCAACCCUACCAGUGUGGAGUGCUUUGACCUGGCUCAGUCCAACAGUGAGCACAGCCGCCAUUGGUUCUUCAGGGGUCGCAUGAAGGUCGACGGAGUGGAGAAGGAGGAGACUCUGUUCAGCCUCAUCAUGGGGACACAGCAGCAUAGCAACAAGAACAACGUCAUCAAGUUCUGUGACAACAGCAGUGGGAUUGAGGGCAGGGAGGUGGAGAGCUUGUUCCCCACAGACCCGACCCAGGCCAGCGCGUACCAGAGACUCCCCUCCAAGAGACACGUCAUCUUCACAGCCGAGACACACAACUUCCCUACAGGAGUCGCUCCAUUCAGCGGUGCCACUACAGGAACUGGGGGUCGAAUUCGGGAUGUCCAGAGCACAGGGAGGGGCGCGCACGUCAUCGCAGGGACCGCAGGAUACUGCUUCGGAAACCUGCUCAUUCCAGGUCACGACCUUCCGUGGGAGGAGCCUGAGUUUGAGUACCCCCCCAGCUUUGCGAGACCCCUGCAGGUGGCAAUCGAAGCCAGCAAUGGCGCGUCCGACUACGGGAACAAAUUUGGGGAGCCAGUCCUCGCCGGGUUCGCUCGCUCCUUUGGAAUACGGCUGCCCAAUGGUGAGAGGCGGGAGUGGAUCAAGCCAAUCAUGUUCAGCGGGGGCAUCGGUUCCAUCGAGGAUCAACACGUCACAAAGGAAGGGGCGGAGCUAGGCAUGGAGGUUGUGAAGAUUGGGGGUCCUGUCUACAGAAUUGGGGUUGGGGGAGGGGCCGCCUCCUCUAUACAGGUGCAGGGUGAUAACUCAAGUGAUCUGGAUUUCGGGGCGGUGCAGCGGGGCGAUGCCGAGAUGGAGCAGAAGAUGAACCGUGCGCUGAGAGCCUGCAUCGAGAACCGCGCCGGAAACCCGGUAUGCAGCAUCCACGACCAGGGCGCGGGGGGGAACGGUAACGUUCUGAAGGAACUGAGUGAGCCAGCUGGAGCUGUGAUCUAUGCUAGCAGGUUCAAGACAGGGGACCCCACGCUCAGUGUGCUGGAGAUCUGGGGUGCAGAGUACCAGGAGAGUAACGCCUUGCUGGUGCGCCCCGCCGACACGGCCUUCCUGCGCAGGGUGUGCGAGCGAGAGAAGUGUCCCGUGGACUUUGUGGGGAGAGUCACAGGGGACGGCAAGAUUCUUUUGGUUGAUGAUCGUGAUGGAGAGAAGGGGAGAGGCUCGGAGGGAGGAGUGGAGCAGCGUGACCGCACCCCUGUGGAUCUUCAGCUGGACUGGGUGCUGGGGAAGAUGCCUCAGAAGGAGUUUGUUCUGGAGCGACAGAAGCCUGACCUGCGACCUCUGACUCUACCCGCUGACCUGUCUUUACGGGACGCACUGAGUCGUGUGCUCCAGUUACCGGCCGUGGCAAGCAAGAGAUACCUGACCAACAAGGUGGAUCGCUCAGUGACAGGCCUGGUUGCCCAGCAGCAGUGUGUGGGUCCCCUCCACACCCCCCUGGCCGAUGUUGCAGUGGUUUCUCUCUCGCCCUUCGGCACGGUGGGGGCGGCAACCGCAGUGGGGGAGCAGCCAAUCAAAGGGCUGGUGUCGUCAGCGGCGGGCGCGCGCAUGGCAGUGGCAGAGGCGAUCACUAACCUGGUCUUCGCCAGAGUCACCGACCUCAGGGAUGUGAAGUGCAGUGGUAACUGGAUGUGGGCGGCGAAGCUGCCAGGAGAGGGCACUGCUCUACUAGAGGCAUGCUCUGCGAUGUGUGAUGUCAUGGCGCAGCUAGGCGUGGCUGUAGACGGGGGCAAGGAUUCUCUGAGCAUGGCAGCGCGGGUUCGAGAUGAGACCGUCAAGGCUCCAGGUGCUCUGGUGAUCUCUGUCUAUGCUGUCUGUCCGGACAUCACAGCCACAGUGACCCCUGAUCUGAAGGACCCAGAAGGAAAAGGCGUGCUGCUCUACGUCCCUCUCAGCCCGGGUCAGUACCGGCUUGGUGGGUCAGCGCUGGCUCAAUGCUUCUCUCAGCUUGGGGACCGGACUCCAGACCUCGACCACCCAGACAAGCUGACCACCUGCUUCAAGACCACGCAGAGCCUGCUGCAAGACUCCCUCCUCAGCUCGGGACAUGAUGUCAGCGACGGAGGGCUCAUAUCCUGUCUGCUCGAGAUGGCGUUUGCCGGGAAUCGUGGGAUAGAGGUGGACCUGCCACUGGACGGGGCUGGAGUGUUGGAGGUGCUGUUCUCGGAGGAGCUGGGUCUGGUUCUGGAGGUCCGAGAGUCCAGUGUGGCCCAGGUGUGUGAUCGGUAUCGGGACGCUGGGCUGAGCUGCCUGACCGUCGGGAGAACCAGGGGCCUCGGACCCAACUCCAUGGUGAAAGUGAGCGUGCGUGGACAGGAAGUGCUGUGUGAGAGGAUGACCAGCCUCCGAGGAUUGUGGGAGUCGACCAGUUUCCAGCUGGAGAGGCUGCAGGCCAACCCUGUCUGCGUCCAGCAGGAAGAGGAGGGACUAGCAAAUCGCACGGGACCAAACUACAAGCUGGCCUUUGACCCUGCUGUAAUCCCAUCCAUCCUCAAGGAGCUGGGUGAGGUGCGUCCGCGAGUGGCAGUGGUGCGUGAGGAGGGCAGUAACGGAGACCGUGAGAUGGCUGCCUCUCUGCUCAUGGCCGGGUUUGAGGUUUGGGACGUGACGAUGCAGGACCUCUGUUCCGGCACAGUGACCCUUGACCCCUUCCGGGGGGUGGUGUUUGUGGGUGGCUUCAGCUACGCGGACGUCCUGGGGUCAGCGAAAGGCUGGGCCGCUACUGUCACCUUUAACCCCCGUGCCCGCGCCCAGUUUGCAGCAUUCCGUUCGCGGGAGGACACAUUCAGUCUGGGCGUGUGUAACGGCUGCCAGCUGAUGGCACUGCUGGGCUGGGUGGGGUCAGAGAGUGAGGACAGAGAUCCCAAAGAGGAGGGCUCGCUGGUGCAGGGCGUGCUGCUCACUCACAACCAGUCGGGUCGUUUCGAGUCUCGCUUCGUCAGCGUGGCGCUGCUGCCCUCCCCGGCUCUGAUGCUGCGCGGCAUGGAGGGAUCCACGCUGGGCGUCUGGGUUGCACACGGAGAGGGCUACAUGCAGUUCCGCUCCCUGGCUCUCCUGGACCGCCUGGACUCCCAGUCUCUGGCUCCUCUGCGCUACGUGGAUGAUUAUGGGUCCCCCACCGAGCAAUACCCACUAAACCCCAACGGCUCUCCACGCGGCAUCGCCGGGCUGUGCUCCGCAGACGGGCGCCACCUAGCCAUGAUGCCUCACCCUGAGCGGACCGUGUUGGGCUGGCAGUGGCCCUGGGCCCCCGCGGAGAUGAGAGACGCAGUCGCCCACUCGCCCUGGCUUACCAUGUUCAGGAACGCAGCCGCGUGGUGCCUGAGCAGUCAGUGAGGAGAGAGAAGUGUGAGGCGACUCAAGCGGACCAUUCCACCAUUGCACCAAAUCGGAGACAAUGAGACAUUCCAUCAACAGACAGAAAUGAAAUUAAGUCAAUCCACAAAGCUGCACUGCCAAAGCUUCAUAUUUCAGACACCGUCUGAGACCGUGACUUCAUAUUUACCAUGACAUUGACCUCCGACCUAAUGUGGCUGCCAUUGUGAGGUCACGUAACAUUUCAGUGUUGUGUUGUCCAUUGGGGUGGGGGGGAACAUUCAGUCGGAUAUGACAUGUCACUACCAUUCCAUCUGCAGUGAGCUCCAUUGCUGGAGUUAGCUUGUAAAAUUAACCGUUUCACUGCCACUUCCCAGUAACUCUAGGCAUGUGUAACUUCACCUCAAAAGAACAUUCACUGUAGAAUUUAAAAUAAAGUAUUUCAAGAGUCCACAAUAGUGUUGGCUGUUUAAUUUUGAGAGACAGACAGACAGACAGACAGACAGGUUUGCAGAAG